UCCCCCGAGGGCGGAGGCGUGGGAGGGAAAGGGGAAUGGCCUAACCCGGCCCAGCCGCUCGCUCGCUCGCUCGGCUCGGCUCGGCUCAGCACGGCUCAGCUCGGCUCGCCUCGUCUCCUGCGCCGCCGCGACCCGCCACCGCGAUGGUGCCGCGACGCUGUGGAGUUUUGUUACUGUUUCUUCAUACUCUGAGAGCUGCUACUGUACUGGAGAAGAAGCUGAUCAUCAGUAAACUUGGAGAUAAUGCUAAACUGAGUUGCAUUUAUCACGCAGGAGGAAAAUUACACUUAAAUAAUCUACGGGUAUAUUGGCAAGUAGCUGAUGACCAAGAAAAGUGUCCAGUAGUACAUGCACUGAUCUCUGGUCAAGACAAUGAAAGCGAACAGUGCAUCCACUUUAAAAACAGGACUCAGUUAUUGUGGGAUAGACUGGAAAAUGGUGACUUUUCUCUGUUACUGUUAAAUGUCAGCCAGAGUGAUGAACGUACAUACAAAUGCAUCAUACUGCAGAAAACUGAGUAUACCAAAGUGAUUCACCAGGAGGAAGUAGUUCUCAGUUUAGCAGCUAGUUACAGCCAACCAAUACUCAGUGGACCAAUAAGAAACACCAAUAGCGGUGGGGAAGAGGUGACUUUCAGCUGCAGAUCUAGCAAUGGAUACCCAGAACCAAAUGUUUAUUGGAUAAAUAAAACAGACAACAGACACCUGCCUCCAUCAGAAUUAAAGAUCACCCCCCACACAGAUGGCACUUACAGCGUUUUCAGCACACUGAAGAUAAAAGCAACUUCUAAUAUGCGGAUAGAGUGCUCCAUAGAAAAUAAAAUACUACAGGAAAAUCUAUCAGCCAACUACACACAGGAAAAGAUAAACAACUGUUCUAAUACAGAAAGUCAAACAGACCUGCAACGAAAAAGACAAGGCGCUCAAGCAGCUGGCAUCGUUUCCAUUGUCAUCCUGAUAGCUAUUCUAGCUGUUUUAGCCUGCUGGCUACGGAGACGGAGAUCCUCUCAACUAGUGUCAUACAAAGAUGUCCAAACAAAUGAAGACAAAGGAGAAUUCAGCUCACCUGUCUAAAUGGAAAGUCCACCCAGAAUUUGGGCAGCUGGACUUGCGUCAAGAGAAGCAUCACCCCCUAUCUCGGUGGCAGCAUUACUUGUAAUACAAGUGACAGAGGUUUCUGCAGCAUGUGCCAAGAUAGACAGCAAAAAGCUUCUUCAAAAGAAGAGAGCAAAAUCCCUUGGAUUUUUGUGCCAAUCACAGCAGUUGCAUCACCAUACCAGUUAACCACUUCAAGCAGUCCUUUGUGAUAGUUUGUUGGUGUUUUGAGCUCCCGCACUGGGGAAAAGUAGUAAGUCUCGGACUUAGCUACUCUGUGCCAGAAUGAUGAAACUUGGUGAAUGUCUAUCAUCAUCAUCACUGAAGAAUUUGUUCCUAGCAGAACGGACUGUGUUUUGGGAGCAUCUGUUUCUCAUUACUCUGGCAAUGGCUACUGAACAUGAAGAAUGGCAGCUAGAGGAGAAAAAAAGGAAAAGCAAAAGAAAGUAAAAGAAAACUGCAGGACUUUCUGCAAAGUGAGAUUUGUGAAGUUUUCUACCUUUCUCCCUCUAAGUACGUCCUUUCACUCUUCUCGUCUGGUUUCACCGGCUGCAUGUUAUUGCAUACAGAACUAGCUAGAAACUUUCAACCCAGUCCUAUAAAAGUAGGAGUUGCUGUGGCUAGGUUAAAGACUGAAUGUAUUUGCAUGAGGAAACCUUCUUUAAAUGCACUUGAUGUUAACAUUUUAUUCUUUACCGAAUAUUAUACCAAAAAGGGGACUUCCACUUUUGAUAAAAGCCAGCGCAUACCAUGUGAAAGAACAGUUUGUGGAUAUCAGAUAGACUAUGAUAAAAAUAGCACUGUCUCUGCUAUGUUAAUGUCAAGUUAUCCAGACAUACCCUUUUGGGAUGGAACAAAAGCUGUGGUUGGGCUCUGCUCGAUUCAGCUGGUCUCUAUUUAAUCAUUGCUUUGUGACUUCCAAUGAGGAUUUUAAACCAAAUUUUUCUCCCCUCUCCUCCUGUCUCAUCACUCCACCCAAAAAAGGAGGAGUACAGACUAUAUCACUGCAUUGUCCAUGAAUAUUCUUUACUUACCAAUGGCUAAAGUAAGUGAAAGGGAAAGAAGGACAAAACCUGCACUUUCCAUGUGCCAGGACACAUGCCUAGCUGAUUCAGCCCCUAUUCAGCCAGGAGCAGCAGGUGGAAAAUAGUAAAGCAGUAAAAUUCGUUCAUGGCAUAAAGUUUUGAAGGAAGAGGAAUUUAUACCAGCUCCCACCUGCUUAGGUGGGGCAGUUCUUGACAGCUUGGGUGGGGGGGGGUGUUUGUUUUCUAAACUGCGCACUGGAAACACUUGGCUGCUCCUGCACUGUUGCUAGACUAUAAUCCUACCUUAUCUGUGAACUGUGUCAGUUAUGAACUGAGACAUUAAGUUUUCAUGUUAAGAUCAGAUUUCCAAUCCCAGUCAAGUGAAAACAAAUUUGGUUGUCCUGUUCUUCCAUCACGCAAAAUACAGAACCAUUUGGCUAGCACGAUUAUUUUUUGUUGAAGCAAUACCCCCAGGCAGGCUCAGAGUUUGGUGACUGUGAAGCUCCACUGCAUCAGUAUUUUGUGCGAGGACUGCACAGACUCAGCCUAUGUGACAUUUAACAGAAGGGGAGUUAAGCUCUCACUUGAUGCAGUCUAGGCUUACUCACCAAUUUGGACAGGAUAUGGAAACUGGAAAAAAUUUAAGGCCAGGCUGCAACUGAAUAAUUAAGCUCCUAGCUUGUUUGGAUUGUAAAUAAUAGUUUGUACAGUAAUGUUUUUUUAAAACAGAUUUUAUCUAUUAACUUCAGAAAAGCAUAUUGCGUAUUUGCUAAUCUUGAAUGUCUAUGAAAGAUACCCCGAUUUAUUUAUUAAUUUCACUUUUGUCCUAUGCUGCCUUGCAGUUUACAAUUGCAAUAUAUCGCAUCAGAUAUGGCAUUUAGCUCUCAGUAUUUGUUAGAUAAAAAGACUGAGAUGCCGCUGGCUACUUUACAUCUCAUCUUUUUCUUGUCUUGUGUAAGCUUGCAGACACCUUAAAAAUGUGAAUGACAUCUGUGCGGAUGUGAAGGGUAACCAUUUUCUAGUGGUUCAGGAAGAGGUCCGGCAGACGCUUCCUCACCAUCUAUCGUGAGAAGCUGUUUUGUGCAGCCCCUUUGGCACUGCUCUGACACAUGCCUUUUCUCAAAAUAGUUUUCCACCUUUCUUUUCCUCAAUAAUCUGCAACUGUUUAGAGAUGUAAGAAGUGUCCUAUCAAUCACUCCACAGUACGCUGUUAAGCUAAUUCAAACCAGUGGGGUUUUCUUACUGCUAGAUUACUACAUGGUACAUAGUGAACACAUGGAGUGGGACAGGUUGCUCUUGCAAAAGCCAUACUUUCAAGUGGUUUAGGUUUCCAGCUAUUUCUGAAGGCAAAUAAAUCCUAGAUGACGGUUGCUUGCUACCAUUUAAAGGUCUGGAAAGUUCUGUAGUUACUGAGUUUUUGUCACCACACACCAUGUUUAUAUUCCAAAUAAAAUCUAUUCAUUUUU